AUGGGCUUACAUUUCAAGUGGCCAUUAGGGGCUCGUAUGCUGGCAGCACUAUAUGCAAUGAGUAUGGUUUUAAAAAUGCUGCCUGCCUUGGGCAUGGCUUGUCCACCAAAAUGUCGCUGUGAGAAGCUGCUCUUUUACUGUGACUCUCAGGGGUUUCACUCAGUGCCAAACACCACUGAAAAGGGCUCGCUAGGUUUGUCAUUGAGGCACAAUUAUAUUACUGAACUUGAAAGGGAUCAAUUUGCAAGCUUCAGUCAACUUACUUGGCUUCACUUAGAUCAUAAUCAAAUUGCAACAGUAAGAGAAGAUUCUUUUCAAGGACUAUAUAAACUUAAGGAAUUAGUCUUAAGUUCCAACAAAAUCUUUCAUUUGCCAAACACAACUUUUAGCCAGCUGCUUAACCUGCAAAAUUUGGACCUCUCUUUUAAUCAGUUAUCCUCUCUGCACCCGGAGUUGUUCUAUGGCCUUCGCAAACUGCAAACCUUGCUUUUACGUUCCAACUCCCUGCGGACUAUCCCGGUCCGCCUUUUCUGGGACUGUCGUAGCUUGGAGUUCCUGGAUUUGAGCACAAAUCGCUUGCGAAGUUUGGCUCGCAAUGGAUUUGCAGGAUUAAUCAAACUGAGGGAACUUCACCUAGAGCACAACCAGCUGACAAAGAUUAAUUUUGCUCAUUUCCUCCGGCUCAGCAGCCUGCACACACUCUUCUUGCAGUGGAACAAAAUUAGCAACUUGACAUGUGGGAUGGAGUGGACCUGGGGCACCUUAGAAAAGCUAGAUUUGACUGGAAAUGAAAUCAAAGCCAUCGAUCUAACAGUUUUUGAAACUAUGCCUAAUCUUAAAAUACUCCUAAUGGAUAACAACAAGCUAACCACUCUGGAUUCCAAGAUCUUAAACUCACUCACAUCCAUAACUACAGUGGGCCUCUCCGGCAAUCUGUGGGAAUGCAGCCCAAAGAUCUGUGCCCUCGCCACCUGGUUGAGUGGUUUCCAAGGUCGGUGGGAGCACUCCAUCCUCUGCCACAGCCCAGACCACACCCAGGGCGAGGAUAUUCUAGAUGCAGUUCAUGGUUUUCAGCUUUGCUGGAAUUUAUCGGCUGCUGCCACCUCCAUGGCUACGACAUACAGAGUUCCAACUACUGAGUACACAAAAAGAAUAAGCUCUUCUAAUUUCCAUAUGGGAGACAAAGAAGUGCCAACUACGGCAGGCAUGGUGGUUACCACUGAAGAACAUUUCCCCGAGCCAAACAAUGCCAUCUUCACCCAAAGGGUAAUUACAGGAACAAUGGCUUUAUUAUUUUCUUUCUUUUUUAUCAUUUUUAUAGUGUUCAUCUCCAGGAAAUGCUGCCCUCCCACAUUGAGAAGAAUUAGGCAGUGCUCAAUGAUUCAAAACCACAGGCAACUCCGCUCCCAAACACGGCUACAUAUGGCAAAUAUGUCAGACCAAGGACCGUACAAUGAGUACGAACCCACCCACGAAGGACCCUUCAUCAUCAUUAAUGGCUAUGGACAAUGCAAGUGUCAGCAGCUGCCGUAUAAAGAAUGUGAAGUAUAA